CACAGAUAACACACCUGACCCUGUAUCGGAGCUGAUAACCUAUCAGUGGGUAGCCAGUGAUGUCGCGGGCAAGAUGGCGACUGUAAGUGCGCUCAGACCUGUAGCAUGCGUCGCUGCGCUCAACUCGGCCGCCCAGGGGCUGGUAGGGGUGGUUCUAGGAGUCCUAGGACUAUGUGUGUGUUUCUGCGCGCUCGGUUCUACCCCUCAGUCUUCGGGGAAUGACUUUGGCCAGUACCUCACCUUCUACCUUCAAGGAGGGGAGUGCAGCAAAGUCACCACCGAACUGUACUCGGAUCUCACCAGUCCUACAGCUCUCAGAGUCUGGCUCGCUCUCUCUCUCUUCUUCAGCGCCUCCAUGCUGGCCAGUUCUCUGGCUCUUUUUAUAGCUGUAGCUAGACGAUGGUCAGACGAGAAGCUCCAGAUCACACUGGUGUCUUGGCUUUUCAUCAACACCUUCACGGCCAUCGAUGACGUCAUUCUAGCAUACGUCUUUGGCAACGACUACACCACCGCCCGUGACAGCACCUCUCAGCGCGACUCCCUGGGACCCCUGACCCUCUUGCUCGUGACUCUGGUCGUCGCCCGAGGGGUUUAUCUCUGGCUUCUCAACCUUGUGUUCAUCUUCUACCUGUUCUCUACCGCCCGCGCCCUCCACAAGUACUUGAAUCAGCAGGGCCCGAAUCAUGAUCAACAGCCGAUAGAGAGGUGGCCAACUUUGGAUGACUUUGGUAAAACAAAGACCGCUGAUAUUGAACGCACCCCUACAGCGAUCAACCCCCGCCUCACAGACAGGAUGGACAGCACGGACUCCAGGUACCCAGAGUAUUCCGCCAUGUCCCGCUGGCCAGCGCUGAACGGGGAGCCAGAGACCAUGAGGGAGUCCCGUAGAGACAGCCACAGAGAAGGGAACCACCGCGAGAGAAGGCCGAGAUCAAUGAGGGAGCCGAGUUUCAGGAGACAAGAUGGUAUAGACAACCCAGCCUACGACACUAGCGACAUCUACUACCUACGACUCCAGAGUGACAGAGACUACGACCGUAGAGACUCUAGAAGAGAUUCCCGAGAGCACGCGAGGUCCAAGAGGGAGGUUGUGGGAGAAUCAACGUCUGGGCAGUACAAAACAACAAUCCCUCCUCCUCCAGUCAGCCCUUCGUUUACCCCAGGAUAUGACGAGGAGAAUGGCAUAAUCAUACCUCCCAUAGACUACCUAGAUCCACCCGAGGAACAACCGGGAAGUCGUCCUCUAACCCUCCAAGAGGCAAUCCGAGAUAAGACUCUGAGACUGAAGAAAGUCCCGGAGGAGUUGAAGAGAGGUAUACAAAUGUAAAACUUUGAUUCCUAAGCGAAAAAAUGUGAUAAGUAUAAAUUGAAUGUUCAUGGGUUGAUAUUAUUAUCAAGUCAAAUCCAGCUCGAUUACUGUUUUUACAUGUAACAGUUUUCAAUUUGUUUGAAUGGAUUUUAAGAUGAUUGUUAGUUUUAUGUAUUCUCUUUGGAAAUUAAAUACAUUUAUUUUUC